CAGUGCGACUUCCGGUCCCCCACUUCCGGCUUCGCGGCUCCGCGUCCCGGUGCUGGAGGCCGCCUCGGGAGGCCGCACGGCUGGCGGAGUGUCGUGGGCGGUUGGUCCGCGGGCGCCUGUGACAGCUGCAGCCGCUCCCCGCCCGCGAGGAGCCGAGAAUCCCGCCCAGGAACCCACACUGAAGUUAGGUAUUCCUCCGUAGUCUCUACCAGUCUGAGUCUACUAUGGCUCAGGAAUCUCCCAAAAAUUCAGCAGCAGAAAUUCCCGUGACCAGCAACGGAGAAGUUGAUGACGCCCAUGAUCAUGGCUUUAAUAGGGAUUUGAAGCGUUCAUUACCAUCUGGACUUGGUCUCUCAGAAACCCAAAUUACAUCUCAUGGCUUUGACAAUACCAAAGAGGGGGUUAUUGACGCAGGAGCGUAUCAAGGUUGCCCAGCGCCACCGUUGCCAUCUGUUAUGUCUCCUAGCAGGGUGGCUGCUAGUCGCCUGGCUCAACAAGGAAGUGACUUGAUUGUUCCUGCAGGUGGUCAGAAAACGCAGACAAAAAGUGGACCAGUUAUUCUGGCAGAUGAGGUUAAAAAUCCCGCAAUGGAAAAGUUAGAACUUGUUCGAAAGUGGAGUCUAAAUACUUACAAGUGUACUCGACAAAUUAUCUCUGAGAAGCUAGGCCGUGGCUCAAGAACUGUGGACCUUGAACUUGAAGCUCAGAUUGAGAUAUUAAGAGAUAACAAGAAAAAAUAUGAAAAUAUCCUAAGACUGGCUCAGACAUUGUCAACCCAGCUUUUCCAGAUGGUGCAUACCCAGAGGCAACUUGGAGAUGCUUUCGCUGACCUGAGCUUGAAGUCACUAGAACUCCAUGAAGAAUUUGGCUAUAAUGCAGAUACACAGAAGCUUCUAGCUAAGAAUGGAGAGACUCUUCUUGGAGCUAUUAAUUUUUUCAUUGCCAGUGUGAACACUUUGGUGAAUAAAACAAUUGAAGAUACGUUGAUGACUGUAAAACAAUAUGAAAGUGCCAGGAUUGAGUAUGAUGCGUAUCGUACUGAUCUGGAAGAACUGAAUCUUGGACCACGUGAUGCAAACACUCUGCCAAAGAUUGAACAGUCGCAGCAUUUGUUCCAAAUACAUAAGGAAAAAUAUGACAAAAUGCGUAAUGAUGUUUCCGUAAAGUUGAAAUUCCUCGAAGAAAAUAAGGUGAAAGUGUUGCACAAUCAGCUGGUCCUUUUCCACAAUGCCAUUGCCGCUUACUUUGCUGGGAAUCAGAAGCAGCUUGAGCAGACACUUAAACAGUUCCAUAUCAAAUUGAAAACCCCUGGAGUGGAUGCCCCAUCAUGGCUGGAAGAACAGUAAAACCACACCUGGAGAAGAACGUUGUCCUGUUGUGUUUCUAAACAAACCUAGCAAGAAUUAGGCAGAACUGGGGCAAGUGAGGAGGGGUGACAGUCAUUGUAGUUAUUCUUGCACAACAACUUUCAUUUUACCCUUUGUCACACUAACAAUUGAAUUGCUAGAUUGAGUGGGAAGGUGGGUGGUUUUAAUGUAAACAUAAUUUCUAUAAUCUGAACACAAUAAUUGUCCCUUUUGAAAUCCUUUUAUAUCGUGAGAGUUGAUGGCUAUUUCUGUAGUUUGAAAACAUCUAAUAUAGAUUUGCACUGACAAGACAGAACUGCAAGGAUUUGGCCCCAAAAGUGCGGGCCAGCUGUAACUUUUCCAGAAGGAAGGUUUACAUAAUUUGUAUCAACGUCAGAUAUUCUAUAUAUGAAUAUAUUUGACAUCCUUAAGAGUUUCAUUUUCAUGUAUUGUCUUAAAAAGAAAAACUAUUUUGCAGAGGAAUGUUCUACGGUGUUCCUGCAGCAUUCACAGGGGGCUGGCAGUUGUAAUGAAUGACUGAUUGGCUUGUAGGAAUGUAGCAAAUAUCCUUCCAGAAAUGAACCCAUACCAUUGUAAUUUUGUUUAGACUUCUUUUGAAGAUUCAGGAAUCAUUGAGUUGUUUCUGGGAGGCUCUUAAGAUUAGGAAUUUGUGUACCCAAAAGUCAUUGGGCAGUUAUAUGUGCAACUUUUUUGAUUUAUAAUGAAAACUGCCUAAUAUAAUUUUUUUUUUCUUUUUGUGCCAGGUGGACUUGGGGAUGGGAAUUGUUGAUGAUUUCUAAAGUGGGAAUCUUCUCAGAAAGCUGGUGUUUGGGUAAAUUCCAUGUUGACGGAAGUGAAUUCCUAGACAGCUUUCAUUGACAUAUGUAACAAUACCGUUUAAGCCUUAAAUCACAGAUAUGUGCCUUCUCAGAUAGAGUAAUUCUCGGCAAGCAAUGUACAUAAUCCAUUUUAAAAACCCUCUCAGAUAAUGUUUGAUGUGUCUGUUGCUCCCUUGCAGAGGAGCACUGUUUAUAAAUGUUGUAUUUCAUUAUACUCAAUAAGUCGCAUUUGAAGUUUAUGGUGAAAUCAGCUUUUGAGUUUGAUGUUUGGUUUUUUCUUCAUUCCUUCUGAGGAAUGGGAAGAUCCCAAAACUUUUUUUUCAUGUGAGCAAUGGAAAAGUAACGUUGGACAGUCACAAGAAGAAAUGGGAGUGGCAAGCCAGCAAGUGCUGUUCCAGUGCUCAGCAUCCUUGCUUUGUGUCAUCUGGUUGAUCUGUCACUGUGAGGUUCAGUAACGUGAUAGUUUUUCAGUGUAAAAUUCGUUUGAUUUUUGUCAUAGGCAUAAAUUAAUAUUUUGGGAGAUAACGCUUCACCUGUUCAUUUUGUGUUAAAGUGAAGUACUUAAAAUUACUGUUAUACAUGAACUCUGUGAACUGUAAGAUUUUGUUAUAUAUGUUCAGAUGCCUUUUAGAUGGCUUUUUCAUUAAUAUACCUGUUUUGAGUGCUUAAUACAAUGUAAUGUGAUUGUAAAUCAUAAACCUAUUUUAAAUCAUUCCCUCCUGUAUAUUUGUACGCUGAGAGAGCCUUAUUUUAUUCUUGCAGCAGAGUUAAUACUUGUGAUAGUUCAUUUACAUUCCCCAGACUGUGCCUCUGGUGUGAAUUUUGUAUUCUUAUUAAAAGUUUGCUGCAG